AGGGUCGCACGAUAGCCAGCUGCUAUCCUCACUCGCCUUGGCUUACACGCAUUCAGGCGACUUGACAGUCCACACCACUGGCAACUUAUCCAGAUCGAACAUUUAUCAUCAUCGAGCAACAACGAUUGAAGGCUCACGAACAUGAGGCAUCUUUUUGGUGUUUUCAGCGCAACGUUUGGGUACCAGUAUGAGGAUGCUGCGCGACUGCUGUUGCAGCCAUCCUUCCUAGGCGCGCAACAGCUGCAGCAACCUCCACAAGACUCGACACAGGAUCGCACAAGGGUCUUUCAUACAAAGCGCAAUCCUUCACCGACACCGUCGAAAAGCUCAGAUAUUCUACAUCUCCCUGCGGACUUCUUCUUUCUUCUGUCCGACCAUCUCGACACACCAUCGGCACACGCACUCUCCUUGACAUGCCGCGCAUUCUACAAUCUUGGUCUUCCCAAGACGCGACAGAAACUCGAAGACCAAGACAAGCGAGCGCUUCUCACCUUGCUGGAGAGGGACAGCCUCGGCGACGACUAUUACUACUGUCAAAGAUGCAACAAGCUGCACACCUACCGCGACACCUAUGGCCCUCACUUGGUCGAGGAACGCAUUGACAAGUCGCAAGCCUUCGUCUGUGGCAUGCGCGAUCGCUUCACGCCCAUGGGGAAUGCAUACGACCUCGGCUAUCAUCACGCACGACUCGUCAUGAACCGACACUUUCACGGCCACGGCGGUAUUCCCAUCCAGGCCAUCUGUCUCCAGCACGAGGCGCGACGCGAGGCCGUCACCAUUCGCUGCUCGACAGCCGCCAACAUUAUCGACGACGAGCUUUAUCUGCGACGCUCCUAUGACUUUGUCCUCAGCAACGCGGACGUCCCUGCGUUCCGUCGCUGCACUGGGCACCGCGAUUUCCGCCUAUGCGAGCACACCCCCUUCUUCCGUAACUCGUCCGUCUACCACCAGGCCCUCCCCGAGCUGCAAAGAAGGCCGCGCGCGCCGACGAACAAGGACGAGUUUGUGCCAUGCACCAGCUCGCCGGGGUCCUGCGGCCUCUGCCUCCUCGACUACGACGUCUCCAUUGUGCGCAUCGACAACGGCGCGGCCUGGAAGGUCAUGAUCGAGGCGUACCACUUGCUUGGCGCCUGCCGGUCCCCUGAUGACUGGAAAUGGGCGCGCUUCACGGAGAAGACGCGUCCGCACCUGUUCCUGCCCAAUCGACCGAAUCGACGGGGCAGCGGCUACGGUCCGGGCGUGGUCAAGAAGGCUUGGUUGCAGGCGGGCGUGGCGGGCGUCGUGGACGGCACUGAUGUGCAGCUCAAGCGCCAUUCUAUUUGAGACUUGCAAGGACCAGCGCAAGGAGCUUUUCUCUCGUACAUAUUUACGACGCAUAUACCAUUUUCCUUUUGCAUUUUCAGGCUGGGGAGAUCAUUGGGCGUUUAGCAUGGAGGAGUUGACGUUUCCCUAUCAAAGCACAGGUCUUGUCCACACAUGUACAACAUGGUAUCAGGCUUCGAGGCACAUCAAAUGUUGGAUGAUUUGAGACAUUGAAUUCAUCUACCGUAUUCCUCCAUCUCUCUCUCUCCAUCUCAUGUCAACUUCAUAGCGCCGUUAUAGC